AGUGAAUGUGCGUGGUCAGUGUUCCUGCAUGUUGCAUGUUGUGAUCAUUUGGUCCCUCCUUUCUGCAGGUUCCUAAAUCAAUUAUAAUGCGAUUGAGAGAGCUGUCAAGAGUCUCCUGGCCUCUACCAGCUGCCACUCAGUUGUCUGAUGGGCGCAGUAAGUGUGUUUCAACAAGACCAUGUUUAGCCAGCUGGGCUGAUCCACUCCGCAAAGCGAAGUGCUGAUUGAGCGCCGCCGUUGCGAGUCUCAGAGAAACUUUUGCUGCUUCUCUCGUCCCACCAGCAAUUCCCAAGCAGCAUUGCUCGUGCGCUGAGAAAGUCAGUGAGUUUAGUCGCAUACCACCACUUGGGCUCCUGUGGCGUUCGUUCUGGAGCCGUCAUAGGGAUGUGAAGUCUACUAAAUAACCGCUGGAGAAAACGCUUGGAUACACAGUGACAUAGGAAUAAGUAACCUUCAGGAAGUCUGUGAAGGAGUAUGGGGCCACUUUUGACACAAGGCGCUUGACUGAGACAUGGCGGCACUUUUCAUGGCGGCUUGCAAGCCUGUGCGGUUGGCAAAGAUCUUAGACCUCCGGCAUUGGAAAUCGAUAUCCCUCCCCACGCUUGGCUCCAGAAAGAGUCUGCCCACAGGGCCAGACAAUCAGAGUCAGCCGCUUCACCCCUCAUCUCUCUUUAGUGGCCAUGAAAACACCAGGUCUGUACACACGCAGUGCGGAAAGCAGAGUCUAGCCCGCACUUUUCCCUUGCAAUGGGCCCACUUGCUGCGUCCUUCCGCGGCAGUGCCGUCAUGCUUUGCGCACCGAACAGCGGUCGAAAGACCUCAGGUCCGGUGGAAGCAUGGGGGGGGCAUGGCUGGCGGUGAGCAAAUGCGCGACACGAUCCUGCUGAAAGGCCUUGUUUUCCACGGGUAUCACGGCGUGCUCGAGGAGGAGCGCCGGCUGGGUCAGAAGUUCGUGGUCGACAUCGAGGCCUCGGCGGACCUCGCGCGCGCGGGCCGGACGGACGACCUGGCUGACACAGUCAACUACGCGGCAGUCUACCAGGACGUGAGGGAUAUCGUGGAGGGGCCGCCCCGGUUGCUUCUCGAGACCGUAGCGCAGAGCAUUGCUGACGUCAUCCUAGGAAGGUAUUCGAAGGUCGACGACUUGACAAUCACCGUAAAAAAGCCCCACGUGGCUAUUCACGGCACGUGCGAGUACCUUGGCAUACGUAUACAUAGAACAAGGGUGCCGGGAGCGUAAGAUACAUAUGAACGGGGAGAAGAUCCUGAGGUGUUGAAUUUGUCGUUUGCUACUCUGCAGUAGCUUGAGAGUAUACAGCGCUCGGAAGUGUAACGCACACGCUUCCGACAAUCGGGGGCUCUCAUGGCAAUAAUCUGUGUAAUGCCAUGCAUGUACCCUGCACCUCGGCUUAAGGGAUAGAUUUGAGCUGACCUGACACUACAUUGAUCUCGUUUCUGAUGGGCUCGGACAUCCUCAAGUACUCAAUGCUUGCAUACUCCAAUUAGUGGAAGUUCGAUGGUGCCGCUGCUCUCUG